AUGAAUAAGGUGAAGAUUAAUGAUCUAGAAAAGGUUUUGGAGCCAUUUUUAUACAACUGGAGACACAAACGCCAACAGGGAGAAUUUUUCAGCAAUUUCACAACCCGCCUGGGCUUUAACAAACUGAAAGAGAUAAUUGAGAAGUGUGAGGACUUAGCAAAGGCACCAGCAUCAUUUAAUCUAAAGUUUUUUGCGGACAAAGACACAUAUGAAGCCAUGGAAGAACUUGCAAAGCUGCAGAACAAGACUGCUCACCAACUGACCAUGGAAGUCAUCCGUAACUUUGUUGCCGCCCAGCAAAAUGGCAAAAGUGAAUGA